AAUUGGACUAACGCCUCUGUUGAUAUCGAGAAACUCUUUUAAUGUAAUGUAUAAAAAAAUAAAAAAAAUAUGAAAAACGGUCAUUUAAAUUGAGAGUGUAAUCAAGGCAGAUUGGGCAGCAGCGUCGUGUCGCGUCACACCUAUUUUUUAGUCGGCGAGAGCAGCAGCAGUAGCGUACCGCGCAGCAUUGGAUUGGAGCAGUGGCAGUGGCAGUGGCAGAGGCAGUGGCAGAGGCAAUUGCAGUUGCAGGAGCAGGAGCGGCCAGUAGCCAGCGGUCAGUGGCGGCAUCCGCGUCCAGAGUCCCAGAGAAUCCAGUGUCCCACAGUCCCGGAGCAUCCCCUCGGUCCGCGGGCGCUGCAGUGUAAGGGGGCAGCAACAAUAACAAUCGCGACUCAACUACGCACCGAUUAACGACCGAACGACCGCCCGCCCGCCCCCCGUCCUUGCCACCCCGUAGCACCGCCCCUCGCCCCCCGCCCCCGGACACCCGCACUUUUGGCACCCACACAGAGGCACCGCAGCACACACACACAGCCACACCAGCGAGCACCUACACUCGGUCAAACACACACCAACGCACACACUUAUCAUCCGAGCGACAAAAAACCGACCGCAUUUAUCAUCCGCACAUCGCAAAUCGCACAUCGCACAUCGCAUUGUUUGCUAUUGUUGUCUGCUCCGCUCUGCACGCGAAGGAGCAGACAAAGAGGACGCGCCGAGGAGGAGUGGGAGGCGGAUGAGGAGCUAGAGGCCGGGGAGGAGGCGGACAAAGGAGCGGAGUCGCACUAUCACCAGCAGCAGCAACAGCAGCAGCAGCAUCUUCAUCCAUGGGUCAAAAGGCGAGCACUCCGGCGACCAGCGGCCAGCAGAGCCCUCGCUCCAGGACGUUCUCGAGCAGCUCGACAGGAGCCGCCGACUCGGGCCUGCACCAGCAGCACCAGCAGCCCUCGAAUCCCGGCCAGAAUCGCGGCAGCGGCAGCGACACCGCCGGCCAGGGGUUCAAUCUGCUGCGCACGCUGCCCGGCCUGCAGGUGUACCACAACCAGAACUCCACGUCCAUCGACCGCCAGCGGGCGCGGAGUCUCAGCUCUGUGCCCGACAUCCAGCAGCAGUCGCAGCAGCAGCAGCAGCAGGGCUCGAUCACCUCGUCCGGCAGCAGUCCGCACUCGCAUCCGCAUGCGGCGCACGGCCAUCCCGCCGUCGGGGUCUCCGUCUCCGUGUCGGGGAACGCCAAUGCGAACAGCAACAGCGGCUUCCCGGCGGCCGGGAACAACAAUGGAUCCGCCACGCAGUCCUACAUGCAGCAGAGGCGCACCCUGGGCGACUCCAUAAGGGACAUGUCAAUGACCGGCGGCAACAUCGCCGAGAGCAUCGCCCUGGCCGCUUCCGCCACCUCCGCCAACGGGAUAGGCCGUGUCUACACGGCCACCUCGCUUCCAUCGCACAUUUGGUCCUUUAAUGGUAUCAAGUGCCCCGUGUGCAAUAAGUUUGUGUUGCCGGACGACAUUGAAUGCCACUUAGUCAUGUGCCUAACGAAACCACGACUCUCAUAUAACGAGGACGUUCUGUCGGACGCCAAGGGCGAAUGCGUCAUCUGCCUUGAAGACCUGAGUCCGGGGGACACCAUCGCUCGGCUGCCAUGCCUCUGCAUAUAUCACAAAGGAUGCAUCGACCGUUGGUUUGAGGUGAAUCGCUCCUGUCCCGAGCAUCCUGGAGAUUAGUAAUCCUCGCCAGAGCUCGCCGAGUUGUUUGUGUGGUGCGUUAUGCAAGCGAGGAGGGGUAUGGAGCAGGAACGAAACUGGCCAGCGGGACGCGAGGCGAAGGAGGGUCUAAUCCUGGGUUGGGAUGGAGGUCCCAGGCCCAGUGACCAAAAACUUAUCACCUGUUCACCAUCGCGACGAGCUGGAGCUUGGCACUAAACGAGCGUGGAGCGUAGAUAAUAUAGGAUUGAGGUGGAGGAUGGGAGAGGCUAUGCCACAAAAUGCUGAUCUAGAGAGUGGGAUCGAGCCAUCGAUCACUUGACCUACCGAGCGAUCGAGCGAUCGAGCGAUCGAGCGACCGACCGACCGAUCGACUGCUGAUGGAACCCAAACAAACUCACACAAAUCAAGUGAAACAAAUUAAUCUACAAUGCUAAACUGGCAGCCACAUAAUAAUAUUAAUAACAACAACAAUAACAAUAUAAUAAAAGAUUGAUCUAUGUAACGAAAUCAACCAACCCACAAAAACUACAACAAGAAGCAGCAACCAGAAGAUUUUGAUGACGGGAGGAGUAUGAUUGUAAAGCGAAGCAACCAACCAACCAACAAAAGAAUGUCAACCAAUGUGAUGUUAAAUUUUAUAUUUUGUACUAUGGAUAAUGAUGUAAUUGUAAUUGUAAUGUAUAUGUAUGUAUUUAUUAUUUUAAACAGGACUAAAAUAGGAUAAACACAAGCGUAAGGAGAACACACACUCACACACAAGAAAAUAACAAUAACAAGUACUAUUAAUAAUUAUGCUAAAUUAGAGAAAACGAAAGCAAAGCAACCAAAAAAAACUUAAAAACAAAAAAACAAACUUCAGUAAGAAUGAAAAGUAACGAAGAUAGAAAAAGGUUUUUUCCAUUUUCGAUGUAUCUUAGGAUUUGUUUCGCAAUUCGCUAUCAACUCUCUUUGUGUUUAUCCAUUAGUUACGGCUAGUUAGUUUUUUAUACCCAUGUUUGUUAUCCCCAUUUUGUUUGUGUUUUUGUUUAAACAAAAGAAGAAAAUUACAUUUUGAAAUUGACGCAAAUCGAAUGAGAAAUAUUUGAAAUAUUCACCACUAUUUGUAAUUUGCCAAUGUGAAGUUCUGGUCAAACGAAAGCUGAGGACAAAUCCGAUUGUAUUUUUUGUUUCUUCACUUGUCGAAAGCUUCGAACCGGCCAUAUAAACGAUAUCCGAUAUCCGCUGACAUUGUAAGCCGCUUGCAAACGAUUCAGCGGAAGAGUUGCAACAAAAUGCAACCGCUGCAUCGCUUGCCAAGGGCAUGAGUCACCUAGAAGCUGUGCGUUUAUUAUCAUUACUGAUUACUGAUUACCGAUUGUAUGUAAAUCACUACCACUAUGUUUGCUAUCCUUGCUCAUCGAUACAUAUAUAUAUCCGGAUCGCAGCGAGCACCGCCUCGGCGAUCCGCCAAAGUUUCCUUAGCAGCCGGAGCCUCAGCAGCGACGGCGGCAGCACGUAAGAACUAUUUUGUAAAUGAUAUACUUUAAUGUACUGUACAGAUAUACACCCCUACACCAGGCAUCUAUAGAGCGUUGUAUAUGUAUAUUAUAUAUAUAUAUAUGGAUUGUAACUUUAUAACUAUAGCGUUGCAUCGAGCGAUCGGGGACACAACCGAUUUCACUCCGAAAUAAAGGCGAAAGCGCCACAUUCGCAUGCAAAUCUCCCGCAUAGGUUAUAUUUGAGAAAUGGUUUUUGUAUCCCGAUGGCAAAUUGGCAACUUAUCGAAGUGCAGAGAGAGAAAAAUCAGAAGAAACACGAAAAUAUUUGAACUUUUAUAACCAACCAAAGCGAAUAGAGCAAGUAAAACGAUUUAGGCUAACGAUUGUCAAGUAACGCGGAAGCAGAACAUGGAGAACUUUAGAGAAUAAACGAGUGAUUAUAUAAACCACAAA